AUGUCUGUCAACCCCCAGGAUCUCGGCGACAAACUGCACAACCUCAAGCUCAAUGAGGACGGCACCCCCACGCGAAAGAUCAUCAAGACCACCAAGGAGGUGAUUGAUCCCGUCACUAAAGAGAAGAAACUCGAGUCGUCCACCGAAGAGGUCAUUUCACACAACCGGUACGCCAACUACGCCUUUGCGUUCGACAUUGACGGCGUGCUGCUCAAGGGCGCAGACGUUAUCCCCCAGGCCCCCGAAGCCAUGCGAAUGCUCAAUGGCGAGAACGAAUACAACAUUCGCGUCCCCUACAUUUUCGUCACCAACGGCUCCGGUCUCACCGAGGAGGUCCGGUGCAAAAACCUGUCGAAAAUGCUCGAAACCGAGGUCAAUCCCGGCCAGUUUAUCCAGGGAUCCACUCCCAUGAGAUCGCUGGUCGAAAAGUAUGAUACGGUGCUCGUGGUCGGUGGCGUAGGAGAGGCGUGCCGAAAGGUGGCCGAGGAAUACGGCUUCAAAAACGUGGUCACCCCCGGAGACAUUCUCAAGUGGAACCCCAACGUGUCGCCGUUCCGAAAGCUCACUGAGGAGGAGUACAAUGCUUCUCGAACGCUGGAUUUCUCCAAGAUUGCCAUUGGCGCCAUUCUGGUGUUUGCCGACUCGCGAGAAUGGGCCUCAGACCAACAGAUCAUCUUGGAGCUCCUCAUGUCCAAGAACGGCGUCAUGGGCACCGAGUCCAAGCAAUUCAACGAGGGCCCCGACAUUUUUUUUGCCCACGACGACUUUGUGUGGUCCACCAAUUACAAUCUGUCGCGGUACGGCAUGGGAGCUCUGCAGGUCUGCAUUUCCGCUCUCUACCAGGCCCACACUGGCAAGGAGCUCAACGUGACUAAGUUUGGAAAGCCCAACAAAGAGACCUUCAAUUUUGCCAACAGCAUUCUCAAGAGCUGGCGUCAGGACGCCUACGAGACGCACUUUUGCAAUGACAAGGAUUGCGAAGAUGAGGACCACGCCAAGAACGGCAAAAAGGAGGAGUCUGCCAGUGACAAGAAGCUCAGAGAGGCCGAAAACAAUGAGGAUACAGUAGUGGCCAAGGCCGAGGAGACUACCAAUGCUGACGGCUCCAAAACCGAGGUCUUUGACCUGCUUCCUGCCGCCCAGACCGUUUACUUUGUUGGAGACACCCCCGAGUCGGAUAUCCGAUUCGCAAACACCUUUGACAAGACGUGGUACUCGAUCCUGGUCAAGACCGGAGUGUACCAGGACGGCACCGAACCCGCCUACAAGCCCAAGAAGAUUGUGGACAACGUUCUGGAAGCGGUCAAGUUCGCCAUUCACCGGGAGCAUGAGAAGGAGCUGGAGCUCAGAGAGCAGGCACGAUCUGCUGUGGCCAGUGGAUCUGCUACCCCAGGAACUAAGGGUGGGUCCAAGACUCCCGUCGAAAGUUUGCAUCCUCAUGAGCUGCAGCAGUUGGUCAUGACCCAGGCUCAUGACUAA